AGCGUUGCAUUGUGGGAGCUCCUUCCUUUCUCGGUCCCCGGCCAUCUUGAAGCUAGACCUCUGGUCCGGAUUCCCAGCGCUGCAACCAUGGUGGCCGCAAAGAAGACGAAAAAGUCCUUAGAGUCCAUUAACUCUAGACUUCAGCUGGUUAUGAAAAGUGGUAAAUAUGUCCUUGGUUACAAGCAGACAUUGAAAAUGAUUCGUCAAGGCAAAGCCAAGCUGGUUAUUCUUGCCAAUAACUGUCCAGCUCUGAGAAAAUCAGAAAUUGAAUACUAUGCAAUGUUGGCAAAGACCGGUGUCCAUCACUACAGCGGUAACAACAUUGAGUUGGGCACAGCCUGCGGAAAGUACUACAGAGUGUGCACGUUGGCCAUUAUUGACCCAGGUGAUUCAGACAUCAUUAGAAGCAUGCCAGAACAGCAGGCUGCUGAGAAGUAAAUUUCUACUCUGAACUGUUCUAAAUAAAACUGGUUUCCCAAA